AUGUCAACGCCCGAAUAUCUGACAGGCAACAAGGAGGCCAUCUCUGGGUUCCUCGAUAAGUUCGACGUCUUCCUGUUCGAUUGCGAUGGCGUGCUUUGGUCCGGAGAUCAUCUCUUCCCGGGCACGGUGCCGACGCUCGAGAUGCUGCGCAACCAAGGCAAGCAGGUGGUGUUCGUGACCAACAACUCGACCAAAUCGAGGCAAGACUACAGGAAGAAGCUCGAGAGCAUGGGCAUCCCCGCCACGGUCGAGGAAGUCUUUGGAUCAUCGUACUCGGCCGCCAUCUACAUCUCGAGGAUACUCCCACAAUCACACCCGGAGCUCAAGAAGCGGAACAAGGUCUUUGUCGUGGGCGAGGCGGGGAUCGAGACGGAGCUGGACUCCGAAGGCGUACCGCACCUGGGAGGCACAGAUCCCGCGUACAGGCGCGACAUCACGCCGGAGGACUACAAGCUGUUGGCGGCAGGCGAUCCGAAAGCAUUAGACCCGGACGUCGGGGUCGUCUUGGUGGGCCUGGAUUUCCACUUCAACUAUCUCAAGAUGUGCUACGCCUUUCACUACAUCAAGCGGGGAGCGCUCUUCCUGGCCACCAACAUGGAUUCGACGCUGCCGUCGGCGGGCGCAUUGUUCCCCGGCGCGGGUUCGAUAUCAGCGCCCCUGAUCGAAAUGCUGGGUGGUCAGCGGCCCACGGCGUUCGGUAAGCCCAACCAGGCCAUGAUGGAUGCCAUUGAGGGUAAGUUCAAGUUCGACCGCAGCAGGGCGUGUAUGGUGGGCGAUCGCGCAAACACGGAUAUCAGGUUUGGAUUGGAGGGUAAGUUGGGAGGAACGUUAGGCGUCUUGACAGGUGUAGCGACCAAGGAGGAUUUUCUGGAAGGCGACGCACGACCCGCGUAUUAUGUCGACCAGUUGGGCGACCUCGCUGUGGAAAGCUGA